AUGCGAUCCUGUAUUAGAGUGUUUGACAAGAAGAUGUCUGCGUUGAGUGUAAGGGCUCCCGGCCUACAAGCCACUAUGUUGAACACUAGGUCACUGCGAGUGCAAGGAGAAACUACGAUAGAUACGGUGCGAAGAAAUCUAUUCGGAUGCACAGAUAAAGAGGAAAACAGACGUUUCGUUGAGAGGGAGCUGGCUCGGCAAUUGGAUUUGGAUAGUCAGCGUUGGGGCUUCGAUUUUGCGAAUGAGAAACCUCUAGCGGGUGACCAGAGAUUCGCCUGGCAGCUUGUUCCGGCCGCUACGAUUCCUGCUGCUCUACGCCGGUCACCUAUCACCAUAACGCAACAGGCGACGAAACCAGUGAAAGAAGCGAAAGUCUCCAGUCCAAACAACAAUAAAACGCAAAAACCACAAAGGAGAAUGACAGGUUAG